CUCACCGGGACACCGCCGGAUCGCUAUCUGAGGAUGCUGCGUGCCGCCGCCGGGGGACCGGCCCUGCUGCUGAGUGCGCUGCUGUGGAGCCUGGCCGCCGCCGGCAAUCCAGAACUACCAACAGCAGUUAAUAUAACUUGGUCUUCAAUCAAUUUUAAAACUAUACUACAGUGGCAACCAAAACCAUCAGGUUACCUCUAUACAGUAGAAAUCCAUGGGCAGACAUCUGACACCAAAAAGAAAUGCAUACUGACAACAGAAACAGAGUGUGAUGUCACUGACCUGCUCAGGAACGUGAGAGAGACCUAUACAGCACACAUCCUGUCUGUAAUGUCCUCAGGGAUGGAUAACUUUGAAGAACCACCUUUCGCAGUCUCUGAAAAAUUUACACCUUACAGUCAGACUGUUCUCGGAAAACCGGAGAUACAGAACUACACACAAAAAGGUUCCAAACUGAAUGUUGUGUUCCAAGAUCCGCUUACACCAUACACAUUUCCUAAUGGAAGCUUUCAAAGUAUUCGAGAUAUCUUCCAAAAUGACCUGGAAUACAAAAUCUAUUACUGGAAGGAUCAAAGUUCUGGGAAGAAAGAUGCAACAACAAAAAGCAAUACAUUUGAAGAAAGCGUUGACAGCUCAAAGAACUAUUGCUUCUACAUACAGGGAAUCAUUCCCUCCCGCAAAGAAAACCGCAAUGGUCAAGAAAGCAUGGUGCUUUGUACCAGUAUAGGAAGGAAUAUCUUAGAUGAGUACGGAGCAGAAGUUUUUAUCAUCAUAGCAGUGAUAGCGAUUGCGAUCAUCACCUCUGCUGUUGUCCUGUCAGUGAUCCUCUGUAAACGCAAGAAGGCAAAAGCUGCAAGAGAAAAGGAACCACUUAAUGGUGUCUAAGGAAAAGUUACUAUCAACACUAAUGUUUAACAACAGUCCAAAAACAAAGGAAAAACCCAAACCCCAAAAAACCCAACCAACAACAACAAAACCCAUAAAUUGGGAAAUAUGGCAAAGCCUUUUAGCCUCUCUAAUAUAGGAAUUUUGAAGCCCAAACUUUACAUGGAUUCAAAAAUCUGUUACAGUCACAGAUGAAAACUCUAGAGGAAAAAAUCCUGGGUCAUCAGUGGCUGGAGGAGUUUUCUGGUGACCUGUUUCAGUAGCCCAACCCUGCUCAUACACUCUUCCCAAACGCCUUCUGUUGUCCUGUUUGAAACAGGAUUCUGAACUAGAUGGACUUUGACUUGACCAGGUACAGCCAUUCUGGAAGUAUGGCCUUUUUGAGCCAGGAGAUUUAUGGUACUUGUGAGGGGGAAAAACACUACUUUUGAGAAAUAUGUGUCCUUUACCUAAGGAAAAGGAACAUCUUUUUGUUUCUAUGAAACAAAACCUGUAUUUAUCUGACUUUCUUUUAACAUUAUUAACUGGGGAAAUGAUCUGGUAGUUCAGGUGUGACAAAGACGCUACCAUGAUUUCUGCACUUCUUGGAUAAAAUUAACUUUGUUUAUUUAUCUUUGGAUAGAGACAAAGGUAAAUCAGCUGAAACUACUGUACUGGUGACUUGUAAGGAACACUCUUGAAGCAGGUAGCUGCUAUCCAUCCAGAAAGUAUGUCCAGAUUACACUACACCUAGAGCUAUGCAGACAGGCUAAUCUGAUGGUUCCAAGUAAGUGUUACAACAAAUGCUUUGCAGUUUUUGAGUCAGUAGUAACUCACUUCAUGCAAGCACUGAGUAGGUAGCAGUAUUUACUGCAUUUUAAACCUUGGUUUUAAUUAAACAGUUAGUGAAUGCAUAGCUUAUGUGGUACAGAAUCAAAUCAUCUCGGUGAUGGGCCUUGGAGGUACCUGUUGCUUUGACUAUUUUAAUAUUUAUUUUAUAAAUGAGAAUCUAAUUUUUAUACUGGUGAUGUGUGUAUUUAUGAUGGUAAUUUAUACUUUUCUAGGGAAAUAAAGGUGACUGGCAAAAUCA